AUGAAGGUUAUCGUUAUUCUCGCUGUUGUUGUCGUUGCAGCUUAUGCUGAGACCUGCACUAGUCCCGGGGACUGCACAGCCACAUCAUGUGGAACCGGAACCGAGCUCCACUGUGUAGAUGGUGCUUGCACGUGUACACAUGCCGCCACCGGUGACGGAGCCUGCACGAACGCGAAUGAUUGUCAUGGCAGAUGCAACCAUGGCCGACACCACUGUAUCGAUGGUCGAUGUAGAUGUUCUCACUUCUAGAUUAUAACUUGUAAUAAAAGCUUUUUAACUAG